AGUCUACAUGGCUCUCUACCCCUCCAAAAAAAUACGUUUACAUUCAGCUAGCUAUAUAAACUGAUGUCUAGUUUAUAUUUACAACAAAUCUUCCUCUACCAAAACAAACCUGAAGAAAAUAAACCUUCUUCCUUAUCCCUUUUUCAUUCAUAAAUCAUAGCCAUGGAUUUACACCAACGUAAACAUGCUACCCACUUUGAAAAUGACCUGCCUUCGCUUAUUAAACCUCAAAAGCGCUGGAGUUUGGCAUGCAAAUCAGUUUACUUCAUCGUUACAUUAACUAAAAAGGUACUUCUUAACAACGCUCAGCUCAGUCAAAGGGCUGUUGUCCGCUCUCCUUCCUAUGUCGUUCUCGACAUUGAUUCUCAUACUUCGGAGAACACGACGCCUUUUUCGUGUUCUAUCGACCAAAAAACACUCACUUCCAUGACGCGAGAAAGGGACCUCGAGUCUCUUUUACAACUUGGUGGUGUAAAGCGUCUUGCUUUUACACUAGGAACUAACAAUGCACUUGGUGUAAGUAGCAACAACACUUCUGAUCUUUUGCACCGAAAGAAUGUAUUUGGGUCUAAUUAUUAUAAAAAACCACCUGAAAAAAGCUUUUUAAGUUUUAUUAUUGCAGCCAUGAAUGACACCACAAUUAUCAUACUCUUCUUUUGUGCAUGCCUUUCCCUAGGGUUUGGCAUGAAGCAGCAUGGCCCUAAAGAGGGGUGGUAUGAUGGCGGAAGCAUCAUCAUUGCUAUUUUUCUUGUUGUCUCUGUGUCUGCAAUCAGCAACAUCAAGCAAAGCCGACAGUUUAAAAAGCUCUCGGAUGUUAGUAGUGACAUACAAGUAGAAGUGUUGAGAGAUAACCGUCGCCAACAAGUAUCCAUCUUUGAAGUUGUCGUGGGUGAUAUCAUAUUUCUGAAGAUAGGAGAUCAGAUUCCAGCUGAUGGAUUGUUCUUGGAUGGUUACUCCCUAAAAGUGGAUGAGUCAAGCAUGACAGGAGAAAGUGAUCACGUCGAAGUAAAUGACAACAGUAACCCUUUCUUGUUCUCUGGAACAAAGGUCACAGAUGGUUACGGGAGGAUGCUUGUUACUUCAGUAGGGAUGAACACUGCAUGGGGCGAGAUGAUGGGAUGCAUAAGCCGAGAAUUGGAUGAAGAGACUCCAUUACAGAUGCGGCUCAACAAUCUCACCUCAUACAUUGGUAAGGUAGGUCUUCUUGUUGCAUCACUAGUUCUCCUUGUGUUGUUCAUUCGUUACUUUACUGGACAUACUAAAGAUGAAUAUGGGAAUCGAGAAUACAACGGAAAGAAAACAAAAACAAAUGAUGUUAUGAAUGCAAUUAUAAACAUGAUUUCUACAGCAGUUACCAUUAUAGUUGUAGCCAUUCCUGAAGGUCUCCCGUUAGCUGUGACUUUAACUCUUGCAUAUUCCAUGAAGAAGAUGAUGGCAGACAAUGCUAUGGUGAGGAAACUCUCUGCUUGCGAGACUAUGGGAUCAGCCACAAUCAUAUGCACCGAUAAAACUGGUACCCUCACUCUUAACCAAAUGAGUGUCACUGAAUUCUGGCAGGGAAAAGAACUUGUUCGAAAACCCUUCGAUUUAUCAAAGAAUGUUAAUGAGUUGCUCCAUCAAGCCAUUGGCUUGAACACAACAGGAAGUGUGUGUCAAUUACCUUCUGAAUCAAUGCCUGAGAUAUCUGGAAGUCCCACUGAGAAGGCAAUUCUAAAAUGGGCUGUUUGUGAUUUGGGGAUAGAGAUGGACAAGCUAAACAAAAGCUUUGAGGUUGUGAAAGUUGAGGCAUUUAAUUCAGAGAAAAAGCGAAGCGGUGUUAUGGCCAGGACGACGACUGACAAGAGAGUGCAAGUGCAUUGGAAGGGAGCAGCUGAGAUGAUUCUAGCCAUGUGUUCGAAUUAUUAUGAUGAAAGAGGGAAGAUUUUGAGGUUGGAGGAAGAAGAUCAGAAAUAUAUCAAGGAAGUAAUUCAAAAAAUGGCAGGUAAAAGCCUAAGAUGCAUCGCUUUUGCUCACAAAGCAGGAGAAGAUGAUGAAGUGAUGCAGGAGCUCGAUGAAAGUGGGCUCACCUUGCUGGGCAUAGUUGGAAUAAAGGACCCAUGUCGACCUGGAGUUCGAGAAGCAGUAGAAUCAUGCAAGAAAGCAGGAGUUGGUGUCAUAAUGAUCACCGGGGAUAACAUUUUUACUGCAAAAGCCAUUGCUACAGAAUGUGGGAUUCUCCAACCAUAUGAUCAAUUACACGAAGAAGCUGUGAUAGAAGGCAUAGUGUUCAGAAAUUAUUUACCAGAACAAAGAAUGGAAAAACUCGAUCACAUUCGAGUAAUGGCAAGAUCAUCUCCACUUGACAAGCUCCUAAUGGUCCAGUGCCUGAAGAAGAAAGGCCAUGUAGUGGCUGUGACAGGUGAUGGUACAAAUGACGCUCCUGCCCUGAAAGAAGCCGAUAUUGGCUUGUCAAUGGGUAUCCAGGGUACAGAAGUUGCAAAAGAGAGCUCUGAUAUAGUCAUCCUAGAUGACAACUUUGCUUCUGUUGUCACCGUCUUAAGGUGGGGUCGAUGUGUGUAUAACAACAUCCAGAAGUUCAUUCAGUUCCAGCUCACUGUAAAUGUGGCUGCGCUCUUCAUCAACUUUGUCGCAGCAGUUUCUUCCGGAAAUGUUCCCUUAACGGCUGUCCAACUGUUGUGGGUAAACUUAAUAAUGGACACCUUGGGAGCAUUAGCUUUGGCCACUGAAGAGCCAACUACUGAUCUCAUGAAAAAACCACCAGUAGGAAGAACAGAGAAACUCAUAACCAAAGUCAUGUGGCGAAACCUCAUAGCACAGGCAUUUUAUCAAAUGGCCGUCUUACUUACCCUACAGUUUAAAGGCGAGUCAAUCUUUGGAGUAGGGGAGAAAGUGAAGGACACCCUCAUCUUCAACUGUUUUGUGUUCUGCCAAGUAUUCAACGAAUUCAACGCAAGAAAGCUGGAAAAGAAGAACGUAUUUGAAGGUAUUCUUAAAAACAGGUUGUUUCUGGGAAUAGUUGGAAUGACUAUUAUUCUUCAAGUGGUGAUGAUAGAGUUUCUCAAAAAAUUUGCUGGUACUGAGAGGUUGAACUGGGGUCAGUGGAGUGCAUGUAUAGCAAUUGCUGCAAUCAGUUGGCCCAUCGGUUGGCUCGUAAAAUGUAUUCCAAUUUCCAGCAUACAGAAUCCCUUGGCCCGCAGAUAAAAGUCCUGCUGUGGAAAAAAUAAGCAUCAGUCUGACAGUCUCAGUCAACUCAUGAUGGUAAAAGUCUUUCUUUGUAGAAGUUGGAAUCAUUAUUUAUACAGGUACCUUUCAAUCAGAUAGAUGAGAUUACUAAGAUUAGUACUGCUACUUAUUUUAUGCUUUAAAAAAUAGUGGUCCUUAGUCAAUAAUGUCAUAUUUCUUUAAACUUGCAAGCGAAAAACCACUCGAGCAUCAGACGGAAGCCGGAUAUAUGUAAUUAAUAUGUAGACAUCUA